AAUGCUGUCUUUAUCAGUUCUAUGUCAGUAUAUUUUUAUAUCUAUGAUAUAAAUCCCGAAUAUACAAAUAACAUGUCCAAUCCGGAGCAAAUUUUACGAAAAUUACUCGGUGAAAUUAUUGAAAAUAAGAAUUAUAAGGAUCCUAAAUUAAACUUGGAACAAAUAUCAACGGGCGGCGCUAACUACACUUCACAGCUGUUCAUCGUAACUGUAUCAGAGCCUGGAAAUGAAGAUUUGCAAUUGUUCGCCAAAGUCGGUAUCGUUGGAGAAAAAAUGCGUUCACAGAUGCCAGUACUUAUAUAUGACAUUGAACGGUACGCAUACAAAGAACUGUUGGGAAAAUACGAAUCAAUACAAAACGACCACCAAGUACCAGCUGCCGAGAGAUUGAGAAUACCCAAGUUCUACGGGUAUAAUCCGACCGUUUACGAAGAAACUAUCGUGCUUGAAAAUCUAGCGGCGAAAGGUUUCACUACUUACGAUCGGUUUAAGUCCAUAAAUUGGGAGUACGCCUCCAAAUCUGUUACAUCCAUGGCGAAGUUCCACGCUCUUUCCAUAGUUUAUAGUGAAGAAUAUCCAGAGGAAUAUAAACGUGUUCUGGAUAUGAUGAAGUUUCAAGUGGACGCCAUUUCUAUAUUUAUCCGAGAAGGUUUGAAAAAGUAUCAAAAUAUCGCCAUAGCUGCAGCGUCAGAAAAUAAUAAAAGCAAACUGAAAAAUUAUUUGGAAAGCAAAGUGAGCCUGGACGUAAUAGUAAAUUUUUAUAAACCAGGGCGUCUGCACAUUUUAUGCCACGGAGACUACCGACCGAGUAACUUAAUGCACAGGGAAAAUAAGGAUGGUACUAUGGAAGUGAUACCAGUAGACUACCAAACUAUACACACCGGUACACCACUAACGGAUUUGAUAUACUUCAUCUUCACGGGAUCGGACGAGGAGUUCCGCAGGCGCCACUUCUGGGACCUGCUCGACUAUUACUACCGUGAGCUAUGCAACGCACUCCGCAGUCUUGGGCGUAACCCUCGGAAUGUCUACCCUGAAGAUGAGUUCCAUCACGAUGUUAAAGAGAUUUUACCACUCGGCCUCGUAAUUGGCAUAAUCUUGCUUCCUGUUAUUACUGUAGAAACUGAAGAUGCGCCCGCGCUGGACGGUGAAAUAGAUCUCGAUACAGUUUUGAACACAAAGAUCAGCUCCAGUUAUGUUGAAAGAAUGAGAGGAAUCAUCAAUGAUUACGCCAGAUGGGACAUAAUAUGAUCAUUUAGAGUGUAUUAUUUUUAAAACUAAUGUUAAUUUUUAACGAUUUCUAUAAAUAUAAUGGGAAUUUUAUGAACUUGC